AUGAAUUUAGAAGUGGACAAUAAUAACGAUCUGAUGGACGACUCGAGUGAUAGUAGGCGUCGACGACGAAGAAGUAGUAAUAAAGCCACGGAUCAAAAGUCUUGGGAUCUAUACGUCUACACAAUCGCCGCGUUUAUCAAUCAUUUCGCUUUUGGUAUAACGAAUGGCUUAAGUGGACCAACACUUGUCGACUUGAAAUACAUGUUAAACACGACAAUGAAUUUAAUAUCCAUUAAUCUUAUCGCUGGUAACAUCGGAUACCUAUCGGUCGGACUUUUAUACAAAUACAUUAACAGACAGUUAACUAUUGCCAUAGUUAUGUCAGCGAUGGCCGCAUCGGUAGCGCUGAUACCCUAUUCACCCAACUUAUGGACACUGUAUUUGUUCGGAUACGUGAGUGGAUUGGGAUCCGGUAUUUGGGACAGCGGUAACAAUGUAUGGCUGGUCGAGAUGUGGCCGCACAACAGCCUAUCAGCGCUACAGUUCUCGCAGUUUAUGUUCGGCUUGGGAUCGAUAUUCGCGCCAAUCAUUGCUAAGCCAUACCUGACCGGUGAGACCAAUCAUACUCUCGUUACGCCGGCGUCUGUCACAUACCACGCGCUGAUGGCCGACACCAUCACAACCACUACACCAGCGCCCGUACCGGUGGACAGGCGGGCACUCCUGAAGACCCCAUACCUCAUCGCUGGCAUUCUUCAGGGAUUCAGUAAAUGA